AUGAACUCCAACCCAACAAUGCAAUCAGUGGACACCAUCGAUGAGAAGCCGACCACCAACCCUUACCUUGCCGAGCCGAGCGGCACUUCAGCUCAUGCAGAGAGUGAGAACAUGUCUCCGCCUGGUCAAAGUCAGUCAGAGUCCAGAUAUGAAGGUGUCUCUGCGCCCNCUCAAAUAGCCACUGGAAUGCCUUCCGUUGGGCCUGUGCAUGGUCAAAACCCGCAAAUGCAGGCUUCUUCAGAUGCGCCCUACCUCACUCAACCUGAUGUCGUUGUUCAAGCUCCUACUCCCAUUGCGACGACCGCAGAUGAAGAUCUUAUGAUCGCCGAUCGCACUCCGGAACAACAGGCUAGGGACACGGACAUUGAGAUGACGGACGUCGGCCCUUCGCUACCUCUUUCGGCCAACGACGUAGCUGGUACAUCCGAGGAUGAAGGUCAUGUCUCUGCUCGCCGUGAAUCUGGCUCACGGGUCGACCUGCCUCCUCNNCCCCCACCCCUGGUGGAGCGCCAGGCACAAGUGGCACACCCCAACACGGCUAGCCACGACACAUCGCUGGUUCCCAGCCCUGAGCCUCAGAAGUGGUUGUUGCCAUCUGUAAGACCAGAGCACAAGGGCAGAAAAUGCUUAAUCCUGGACCUGGAUGAGACUCUUGUCCACAGCAGUUUCAAGGUUGGUCCUAACUUUGGAUACCACAAACGCCAAAUGCUGACAGUGUUCCAAAUAGAUUNNUUACACCAGGCGGACUUUACUAUCCCUGUGGAAAUAGAAGGGACGUAUCAUAAUGUCUAUGUUAUCAAACGACCAGGAGUCGAUGCAUUCAUGAAGAGAAUGGGAGAGCUGUACGAAGUUGUCGUGUUCACGGCUUCGGUUUCANAAGACCCGCUUCUGGACCAAUUGGACAUCCAUGGAGUGGUACACCACAGAUUGUUCCGCGAGAGCUGCUACAACCACCAAGGCAACUACGUUAAAGACCUCUCGCAAGUCGGCCGCGAUCUCAAGGAGACGAUCAUCAUCGACAACUCGCCCACCUCAUACAUUUUCCAUCCCCAGCACGCUGUGCCCAUUAGCAGUUGGUUCUCGGACGCUCACGACAACGAACUGCUGGACCUCAUUCCGGUGCUGGAAGACCUUGCAGGGUCGCAGGUCAGCGAUGUCAGCCUAGUGCUCGAUGUGGCACUGUGA